AUGGGCCCUUCAGCAGCAGUCGUAAAUGAACAAGACAUGGACGAUCAACCGCCUUUAGUCGAUUUUGACGGACCAGAUGAUCCCAACUUUCCUCACAAUUUGUCUAUCCUCAAGAAGAUCUGGGUGACGUCUGUCCUCGCCCUAUUCAACCUGAUUGGAACAGUGACUAGCAGCAUCUUCGGACCAGGCCAGAAAGAGAUCAUGGCAGAGUUUGGUGUCAGCCAGGAAGUGACCGUUCUUGGGACGACUGGAUACAUCUUCGGCUUCCUGACGUUUGGUCCGUUAUCCGAAAAGUUUGGCCGUAAAUGGCCACUGCUGCUAGGAAUCACCCUCUCCUCGCUUUUCAACCUCAUGCCUGCCCUCGGCUCCCACAUGGCAGUGGUUCUUGUGGGAAGAUUUUUCUCCGGCCUCUGCGGCGUCGCUCCGGUUGCUGUACUGGGAGGUGUCAUCAGCGAUUGCUGGCCGAUGGCUCACCGCGGGAUCGCCAUGGCCCUGGCGGUCUCUCUUGUUUUCUCGGGGCCGACAUUUGGACCAGUCUUUGGAGACUUCAUUAUUGGCUCGUCGUUGAACUGGAGGUGGACAAUGUGGGUGGUCACGAUUGCCGGUCUGGCCUUGUCCGCUAUAUCGGUUGUCGCGUUCCCGGAGACCUACCCGCCAGCUCUUCUCCGGAAGAAAGCACAACGUUUGCGCAAGAAAUAUGGGAACCCUGGCAUCAAAACUGCAUCGGAGAAGGAGCGUUUGACUUUGACAGAGAUCUCCCGCGUCUACCUCGUCCGUCCUUUUUUCUUUCAUCUAUGGGUCCUCUUUCUUUUCUACCAGUCCUACCCGAUUGCAUUUGGCGAGAUCCGGGGCUGGAGAGCCGGUUUGAACACCCUCCCCCUUCUCGCCAUCAUCAUUGGCACCUUUACCGGCACCGUCGGGGUCGUCAUCUACAACCAAGUCUACUUUAGAUAUCACUGUGGUAUCAUGAUCCCCGUUGGAAUAUUCUGGUACGCAUGGACCGCCGGACCCAACAUCCCCUGGGCCAGCGCAAUCUGCGCCAGCUUUCUGACGGGCUGCGGAAUGUAUUUGCUAUUUAUCCAAGGGUUCAAUUACAUUGUCGACCGUUAUACAAAUAUGGCAAAUAGUGCCAUGGGUGUUAACGGAUCCAUGCGCAGCAUAUUUGGCGCUGUUUUCCCGCUCUUCGCAGCCCGGAUGUUCCACUCAUUAGGGGUUGCACCUGCCACGUCCAUUCUGGGAGGAGUCAGAGUUGCGCUGGUGCCGGUGCCAGUUUGCUUUUGGUACUGGGGUGAUCGCAUUCGGGGUUGGUCAUCGGCCAAGGUGUCUUCAUCAGUGUGA